UCAAAGCAUAGCAUAUUACUCUUGUCCAAAGCCAAUCAAUUUCUGUCUCAUUCUUCCACCAUUGUUGCUUCCAUACCAACCUGCAGAAAAAAAAUAUAUAUCAAAAACUCCACUAAUUCCUUUGUAUCUGAUUUGCCUUAACCCCAACACUCCACAAAACCAAUCCAUGAACCCCUCCACUACUUCACCCAACACCAACAUCCAUGUCGACUUCCCUAACAGCCACCCAAAUGAAGACCAAAAUCAACCAAACACUCCCUUACUUCACCAAUGCUGUGAUGAGCUACGCAGCUUCAGAGUGAGCCUCAAAUGGUGGACACUAGACCACUCCUCAUGCCUUGGAAAAUUCAUAUCCUACUUCACCUUCAUCUUCCUAACCAUCCUAGUCCCCAUCCUAGCCGCCUUCUCUCUCAAAUCCCCAUCCGAAGACCCCAUCUCUUUCAACAAGCUUGUCCAACUUCCCCAGUCCGGCUUAGCCGCCAUUGGCUUCAUCACUCUGUCUGGCUUCUUCAGGAAGUAUGGCCUGAGACAACUCCUCUUCCUCGACGGUCUUGAAGAUGACACUUGUUUUGUUCGUCGGGGAUACACUCGUCAGCUCGAUAAGGCCUUCAAGUGCCUAGCUUACAUACUAUUGCCUUCCUUUUUCAUUGAGCUUGCACACAAGAUCAUAUUCUUCUGCACUGUCAAAAUCUCACUUCUCCAUAUUAGCUCAAGCGUCCCGCUCAAUUCCAUAAUGUUUGUUUUGGUUUUGGCUUCUUGGGUUUAUAGGACAGGGGUGUUCUUGCUGGUUUGUGUUCUGUUUCGGUUGACUUGCGAGCUCCAAAUACUUCGAUUUCAAGGACUGCACAAGCUAUUUGAGGGGCGCGAAUCCGAAUCCAGCGUCAUAUUCCAGGAACAUAUACGGAUAAGAAAGCAAUUAUGGGUUACGAGCCACAGGUACCGAUUCUUCAUCAUCGGAUGCAUGUUUGUCGUCACUGUGAGCCAGUUUGGGGCCUUGUUGCUGGUUUUGGCAUCCAAAACAGAGAAGACUUUUCUCAACUCUGGUGAUCUUGUGGUUUGUUCUGCUGUUGAGCUUAGUGGUUUGUUCUUGUGCCUAAUGGAGGCAGCAAGAAUAACACAUAGAGCUCAAGGAAUUUCAGCGAUUGCAACAAGAUGGCACAUGCUUUUGACCUGUCCAUCUGCUGCAUUAGAUCAGCAAUGCAAAAAACAGCAGAGCUCAGAGGCUGAUGGAUGUUGUGGAGAGACUGAUUCAGAAUUUUCAUCGAACGUUUUGACUUCAUUUUCUCCACAGGAGCCUUCCUCAUUCCAAACCAGGCAAGCUCUAGUGGCAUACUUGGGGCACAACAGUGGAGGGAUCACGCUAUUCGGGUUUCCGCUUGAUCGGGGAUUGCUUCACACACUGUUUGCGUUUGAGUUCUCUCUGGUGCUGUGGGUGCUCAGCAAAGUGGUUGUCUUGUCUUAAGCACAACGUUACAAGAUUGACAAUGAAGCUGCCAGCAACAUCAUUCACAAUAAGAUUGCCAGGACCAACCUCUCUGUUCUCAUCGAAACUCGAAUUGUUUAAACGUGUUUCUUGGACUGUUUAGUGAGGAUCAUUAAUAGAGAUCAGCUUCAA